ACCCUCUUUCUGUGUUUCCUUCAUCUUUCGUUCUCUCUGUAUUUUUCUCUUUUGGUUACAGAGAGAAAGCAAAAGAGAGAGAUAAGAAUGGCGGAAGAGGAGGCACCGUUGGCGUACAUACCUGAGGUUAUACUGAAGAAAAGGAAGAGCAAUGAAGACUGGGCAUUGAAGAGGAAAGCUCAGUAUGAGGACAGACAGUCUGCUCUCAAGAAGAAAGCCAAACAAGAAUUCAUCAGAAUGCCUGAAGAUUUCAUCAAACAAUACCGCACCAGGGAACUAGACCUCAUAAAAUUGAAACAGAGGACAAAGAGGAAUAGACCAAAUUUGACAGUGACCGAUACCAAAUUGCUUUUUGUCCUUCGCAUAAAUGGAAAGAAGGAAAUGCAUCCAAGAACUAGGAAGCUCUUAUACAACAUGAGAUUGAGGAAAGUCUUCAACGGUGUCUUUGUUAUAGCAAAUAAAUUUAUAGUUGAAAAGCUGGAAAAAGUGGAGCCUUAUGUUACCUACGGAUAUCCUAAUCUGAAGAAUGUGAGGGAGCUGAUUUACAAGAAGGGUCUUUUAAAAAUAGACAAGCAGCGAGUCCCUCUGACUGACAAUAACAUUAUUGAACAGGCAUUGGGAAAGUACGACAUUAUAUGCAUAGAAGAUAUUGUGCAUGAGAUUGCUACUGUUGGUCCACAUUUUAAGGAGGUUACAAGUUCCUUAUGGCCCUUUUCACUUAACAAGCCAGAAGGAGGAUUGCAAGGAACAAAAAUAGUAUACAAGCGAGGGGGAGAUGCUGGUAAUCGUGAGGAUCACAUCAAUGAACUGAUCAGUAAGAUGAAUUAGGAUUAAGAAAAAAUGUGCUGCAUAUAAAGAAGAAAUCUAGAGUGUUGUUACUAUUUCAACUACCCAUAAAAUGACUUUGCAGUGGCAUGUAUCGCAAUUUUGAAAGUUAUUGUUAUUUUGGGUCUGCUAAUUAACA